CACAUUUGGUGAUCCAGCAGGACGGUAAUCAAUACUACUCCACUAAUUAGGAGUACUACCUAGUAUUGAGUACACUUGCAUACUCUUGUGUACUCCUACUCAUGUUUACGUACAUACAUUCUGUUUGUUACUUAAUUACUAGUACUAGGUACGACGCUGCCUCCAACUCGUAUCCCGGCGGGUUACCACUGCGCCUGCGUGCCUCAAUCUGUUCUUCGUCGUUGGUUGCUGCAACUAACUUUCUCUGCCGGUUGUGCCCUGCAGGCAUCGCUGUGUUUCUGAUGGGUUACGCCUACGCGUACGCACGCUCCAGAGGCAACACGGCCCCCUUGAAGAAAACCACAAACAGUACUACAGUAUUAUUGAAGAUGAUGCCUCUUCUUCUUCUUCUUCUUCUUGUCGCGCCGGGGCUUGGAACAGCUGCCCGCCCUCAAUCUACGAUCAUACAGUGAACUCGGAUGGCGCCCUUGAGUUUCCGGUGUUCCAUAGAAACCAUCCAUGCGCCCAAUCUGUCCUUGGGCCAACAGCAGCAGCAGCAGCAGGAGGAGGAGGAGGAGGAGGAGGAGGAGACGUCAAUCAGUGUGACUAAAGAUUCAAAGCUGAACGACUUUGCCUUCUUAAUACCGGUGAAACUGGGCACGCCAGCCGUCCAGUACCUGGUGACCAUGGACACCGGAUCAAGCCUUUCAUGGGUUCAGUGCCGGCCGUGUACCAUCAAGUGCCAUGUUCAACCGGCGAAAGUCGGGCCCAUCUUCGACCCCAGCAACUCCAGCACGUUCCGGCAUGUUGGCUGUUCAACCUCUAUCUGCAGCUAUCUUGGUCGCACCCUCAGAAUCCAGUCCAAGGCUUGCAUGGAGUGGGAAGACAUCUGCCUCUAUACCAUGUCUUAUGGAGGUGGGUGGGCUUACUCUGUUGGCAAGGCGGUGACAGACAGGCUUGUUCUUGGUGGUGGAGAAACGACGAGGACGACAUUAAGCCUAGCCAAUUUCGUGUUCGGUUGCAGCAUGGACACCCAGUACAGUACCCAUAAGGAGGCUGGUAUCUUUGGGUUGGGUACAAGCAACUACUCCUUCGAACAAAUAGCACCUCUGCUGAGUUACAAGGCGUUCAGCUACUGUCUUCCCAGUGAUGAGGCACACCAAGGGUAUCUAUCAAUUGGACCAGACAGCAGCGGUGGUGUCCCUACCUCCAUGUUCCCAGGAACCCCUAGGCCAGUGUAUUCGAUAGGGAUGACCGGCCUCACUGUCACUGUCAAUGGCGAGGUCCGCUCGUUGGUCUCCGGCUCCGGCUCCAGCCCCAGCCCCUCCUCACUGAUGGUCGUCGACUCUGGGGCGAAAUUGACCUUACUGUUGGCCUCCACCUUCGGUCAACUAGAGGAUGCAAUCAUCCCAGCAAUGGAGUCUCUUGGCUAUUCACUCAACACUGCUGCCGGCCAAAACCAGCUUUGCUUUCUCACCGAGAGUGACAGACAAAACUACCUCCAGCGCAAACCUCCACCUCCCAGCAAUUGGUCAGCUUUACCUGUGUUUCACAUCUCCUUUACCCUCGGUCUCACGCUGACAUUGCCUCCCAAGAAUGCAUUUUACCUCGAUGCUAGAUACCGUCAAGAAUUCCUGACUAUUGCAUGGAAACAGAUUUAUGUUAGAAGUAUUUUUCCUUUCCAAUAUUUUUCUGACAUUCUUGGACUGUGCUCCUCCUUUGCUCGCGACGACUACUUGGAGUCUGGUUAUCAGAUAUUGGGGAACUUGGUCACAAAAUCGUGUGGAAUCACUUAUGACAUCCCGCGCAAACAAUUUCGGUUUCGUACCGGCGAGUGCUAGCUAAUUCUCUCUACAAUUAUAUACUGCUUGCUAAAGAUUUGCUGCACCGAGAUGCAUGAUGUCGUAGUAAUGCACGACUCCUACCUUAAUUUGCUGCGUAGUGGAGUAUUGGACUGGAGUAUCCAUCAAGUACUACACUCAAGCAGUGAGUGUUCCAGAGCAGCUAGCUAGUGGUACUGUGGUAGUAGUAGUUGAAGUUCCCUUGUAGUAAUGCUUAAUUUUUUUUUCUGCUCGCACAUGGAGUACUUUGCUACUAGUAAGUACCAGGAAUGAUCAAUGUUCUACUACUACUUUUUCA